CGCAGCUCCUCCUCCAUGUUGACUAAGCCUCUGCAGGGGCUCCCGGUGGCCCCCAUGACUCCUACGCCGCUGCCAGGAGGCAAGGAUCGGGAAGCGUUCGAGGCCGAGUACCAACUCGGGCCCCUCCUCGGUAAGGGGGGCUUUGGCACCGUCUUCGCAGGACAUCGCGUCACAGACCGACUCCAGGUGGCCAUCAAAGUGAUCCCCCGGAAUCGCGUGCUGGGCUGGUCCCCCUUGUCAGACUCAGUCGCAUGCCCACUGGAAGUGGCACUGCUAUGGAAGGUGGGUGCAGGCGGUGGGCACCCUGGUGUGAUCCGCCUGCUUGACUGGUUUGAGACACCAGAGGGCUUCAUGCUGGUCCUUGAGCGGCCUCUGCCUGCCCAGGAUCUCUUUGACUACAUCACAGAGCAAGGCCCAUUGGGUGAAGGCCGAAGCCGCUGUCUCUUUGCCCAGGUAGUGGCAGCUGUUCGGCACUGCCACGCCCGUGGAGUUGUCCAUCGUGACAUCAAGGAUGAGAACAUCCUGAUGGACCUCCGCCGGGGCUGUACCAAACUCAUUGAUUUUGGUUCUGGUGCCCUGCUUCAUGAUGAACCCUAUACUGACUUUGAUGGGACAAGGGUGUACAGUCCCCCAGAGUGGAUCUCUCGUCACCAGUACCACGCCCUGCCAGCCACUGUCUGGUCACUGGGUAUCCUCCUCUAUGACAUGGUAUGUGGGGACAUUCCCUUUGAGAGAGACCAGGAGAUUCUGGAGGCUGAACUCCACUUCCCUGCCCAUGUCUCCCCAGAUUGUUGUGCCCUAAUCCGCCGGUGCCUGGCCCCCAAACCCUCUGCCCGACCCUCACUGGAGGAGAUCCUGCUGGACCCCUGGAUGCAGACACCAGCUGAGGAUGCAUCCCUCAACACUCCCAAAGGGGGUCCCACCCCUUUGGACUGGUCCCUACUGCCCUAGUGCUGGCUGGGGCUCCCAUUAGUUGAAAUAGUCAUCCCGUGGCCAUGCCACAGGGAUAGAUGGUUAUCUGUUGAUCUGGUUUUACAGGUCUCUAAAAAUCCAGUGUUAACUAGGGUCAGAGAUUGGGGAUCAGGGGUAAGAAGACAUAACCCAAGUUUGCCCAGUUCCCAUUCCCGUCCUUCUAAGGAGCCGUCUUUGUAGAACAUAUGCUCUCUUAUUCUGGAGGGGCUCCUUCUUUGCUUCUCGUUUUGCUAAGGAUGUUUAUUUGGUUGAGGUUACUUACAUUCUGAACCCCCCG